GAUUCGCAACCGUUCACGCGUGAGCGCGUAUGUAAUUCGUGCGACAUAAUAUAAACUAACCUAAGUUUGUAAAACAAGUAAACAGUGAGUGACUUGUGAUACGGUGAAUGUGCGAUGUUUUUCUAGUUAUUUUUAAAACCUUAGUUUAAAGUUUGUGCUGUGCCUAAGUGAUUUCAAUUUAACUAACUAACAUUUUUGAAAUGACCUUAAAGGUAUUUUGAGAUCAUAAUAUCGAGAAAGGAUAACAUUCAAACUUUACGACAGUUAGUUAAAUGCAUAACAAAUAAUAAUACAUAAUAAAUGCAAUUGCCAAAACUUGUGGGACUUGAUGUAAAGUGUAAACGUGACUUGCGAUAAAUCUUGCAUUAGUCACUAUAUAGUGUUAUAGUAUCUCAAGAAAUUGUACUAUAUAUUCACCUGUAAAGUCAACGCCGUAGUGGCGCAGCGUUCAAGUCGUGGUACUCAAAUCAAUACGACGUGAGAUCAAAACUGUUCGUCGACCAUUGUAACAUUAUUAUAUUUUAUUUUUUUUGGUAUUAUUUAAUUUUUUUUUUUAAAUAAUACAAGAUGGAUUGUGGCAAAUGCUUAAAACAUGUCUCUGAUGCUGAAAUGAUUAAAUGCACAUCUUGCCUCACUGUGUUGCAUUUCUUCUGCGCUGAUCUAUCGGAAUCUGAUUUUAAAAGAAUUCUUCCGAUGAAUAGGAAAAAGUGGAAGUGCUCGGCCUGCAAGAGCAAGAAGAUUACUCCUACUUCAUCAGUGUCACCAAAAACAAGUUUAGCAUCCUCAUUAAACGUCGAUACUGAUAUGCUGACUAAAUAUAUGGAUGGUAAACUCGCAGAUCUGAGGCAGCAAUGGCGGGACGACCUCAACGCCGCUAUUUUCGAGGUGACGCGGAAACUCAGGGAUGACAUAGUAUCUCUUGAAAAUCGUAUGAGUACCUGGGAGGGCCAACUUUUGCAAGUGGAAGAACAGGUGACCAACACGACCAACACGUUAGAGAAAAUUAAGUCCGAAUGCGCUUCACAGGCUAAUAAUAUGUUGCAAGAGUUCAAAAGGGAUAAUGAAUCCCUGCGAGCUGAGAACAUGACGCUGACUGCGAAACUUGCCCAAUUUGACCAACUUUCCCGCGCAGCAAAUAUAGAAAUUCAAUGUGUCCCGGAACACAGAGGUGAAAACCUAACCAAAAUUAUCCAGCAAGUUGGGAAUGUCAUCGAGUGCCCUGUCAAUGAACAAGAUAUCCACUACUGCUCCAGAGUCGCUAAACUAGACAGCAAAUCGAAUCGUCCUCGCUCCAUUCUAGCUAAGUUUAGUAGCCCGCGUCUACGCGACGAGUUUAUCGCGGCUUCCAUAAAGUUCAACAAAGCGAAUAAGGACAAUAAACUAAACUCUAGUCACUUGGGCAUUGGUGGCAUUGCGAAGUCUGCUGUCUAUGUGGUGGAGCACUUAACGCCUGAAAAUAAGGUAUUACAUGCCGCUGCUAGGCAGAAAGCAAAGGAACUAAAGUACAGCUACGUAUGGGUGCGCAACGGCCGUGUUUUCAUGCGAAAAAACGCAGAAUCAAACUUCCUCCAUGUUAAAAGCGUAGACAUAUUAAGUCGCUUAUCAUAAGUACGCUAAGCUUGUU